AUGGGAGAAUUACAUCCCAGAGAGACGUACACUGGUUGUGUGGCGGUCAUGGUAGGCUGCCCUUGUGGAGUGUUCUUUCAAAUCAGGGGUUUCAGGGUCCUUCUAUUUGUGGUCUUUGCUCCGAGACAUUUGAUCAUUUAUUUCUUGAUUGCACCUUCAGUAGUCGUAUUUGGGACUGGAUUGGUGAGGGUUUUUCAAGUUAAUAUUCCUCGACAGGCGGGCAUCCUUCAUUUUCUUCUUGAUAUGAUGAAGAAAAGGUUUAGUCCUCAGCUUCUUGCUCUUUGGAAAUCGGCCACGAUUGGUGUCAUAUGGUUAAUAUGGACGGUGCGUAACAAGCAUAUCUUUGAAGGAGUCAGGCCGAAUGUCUUUUCGGCGAUUAGCUAUUUAUGGUCUUCUUUGCGUUCUUGCCCAGUGCAUGCUCCCAUGAACAAUUCGGUGUCGGAUUUGCUGAUUCUACAUAAUUUGCACGUCAGAGGCAUUCCUAGGAAAGCUCCUGUUAUUACUUCGGUUACUUGGCUACCGCCUCCUGAAGGGGUCAUCAAAAUGAACUCCGAUGGUAGUGCCAUGGGCGCGCCCGGUGUAAUGGCUUGCGGCGCUGUUUUUAGGGACUGGAAGGGCCGUGUCCUUGGUUCUUUCUCUAAGCAGAUGGAGCAGGGAAGAAGCCCCAUUCGUUGA